CUCUUAUUUGACAGAAAUAAAACGAAAAACCAAUUUGCUAACGCUUUAUAAAACAAAAAGUGCAAAACAUUUGCAUAAAAUUGUGAUUUUAAUUAAAUUAAAUCGUCUUUUUUCAAAUAACUAGUCCCAAUGCAAGAACCCGAAGAAACAAUUAUCAUCCCCGAUCAAACAUCCGAGGCGAUUUUAAAACCCGAAGAAACCUGUGAAAAAGAUCCUGAAAGCGAUGGCAUGGAAGAGGACAACGACGACGAGACCAAAAGUGAAAACUUUGAAGGAUUCAAUGGAACCGGACGUACCGUCACUCUACAAAUGCUAAUGGCGGCAAAUGUUCUUCAGCCGGGCAAAUCAGCUAUGACCAUUGAAUAUCUUGGCCAGAAAUUUGUAGGCGAUCUGCUGGCAGAUGGGAAAAUCAAAUCACAAGAAACUGAAACGAUAUUCUUGACGCCCAGUGCAUGGGCGAUGCACUGCAAGCGAAUAAUCAAUCCGGAAAAGAAGUCGGGUUGUGGGUGGGCUUCGGUCAAGUACAAGGGCAAGAAACUAGAUGUCUACAAGGCGACUUGGUUGCGCAAAUGCGCUCUUCAAAAGGACUCCACUGCGGACGAUGACCUCGAUGCUGAUGGUGAUAAAAAGCCAGAAUCCCCACAGCCCGUUAUUAAGCGUACAGUAUUUCCGCACAAUGCCAUAAGCAAUCGGAACGUAAUGCAUGAUGCAAAUGCUUUGAUUGAAGCUGUACCAUUUUCUGCACUUAACAAACUGCAACCAUUCCUAUUAACAAUCAGCUCGUCUGCAUUGUUCUUGGCCGACUUCCAUUGCCAUUUGACUAUGCAUGAAGUGUGUGGAUACUUUGGUGGAACUUGGGAUGUAAAUUCACACACUUUGGCCAUUACAAAAGCUUAUCCUUGCAAAAAUAGCCGCUUCGAUAGACAUAAAGCUGCUGACGUUGAACUUGAAAUUCAAAAGUCUAUAAUGAAAGAUCAAUUGAUCCUUGUCGGUUGGUAUCAUUCUCAUCCUAAAUUCCAAGCCGAACCCACACUCCGAGAUUGUGACUCUCAGUUAGACUAUCAAAUUAAAAUGCGUGGUCCCUCCGAGGUGACUUACACUCCAUGUGUAGGUCUGAUUAUCUCUCCAUACUUUGACGAAAAUGCUACUCUAGAGUCUGUAGCUAAAUCAAUUUGGGUAGUUCCCCCACAAGAGAAUCGUCAAACCAUGGAAUACGGCCGUCCAAUGCUGAUGCAGUACUCUGUACUUCCUGAAAAGGAAUUUCCCGAUCAAAUUCGUUACGAAGUUACCGCCUGCGUUGAUUACUACCAGAGAUUUCGCAAUGAACUAGUUAAGUUUGGAGCUAUCUUUAAAGAUGAUAUAACAUAUGUUGAAAAGUUGAAGAACUCAAUGUAUCCGAAAUUUCCACGCGACACCAAUGAAAAGACUUUUUGGAACACCAUACUUAAUGCUCUUGGGUGUGAUGAAGAGGAGGAGUUUGUGCCACCAGCGAUUGCAAAGUAUGACAGAAUUAAAGAAGAACUCAAGCCAGAGCCAGUACAGCUGAAGAUUGAAAAUAUCAAGGAGGAGUCAUCAGAGGUAAAGGUAGAUAAAAACGCAGCUGGUGAAUUGAAGGUUAUGUCAUUGCAAGAGCAACUUGGUCUUCCUCCUGGCUUAAAUAUGAAUCCGACAAGAUUGUGUUCUCCUUUGGCCACACCAAACCCACCAGCUAUACCAAUUCCAAGCACUACUCCCAUUCCGCCGCUGGUUCCGGCACCAAUCUCAUCCACGAAUAGUACUACUCCAACAGCAACUUCAUCACCACGAGACAGUCCCAUAACUAUUCCAUCGAAUUCUGCGAGUCCGGCCAAGUUUGAAAUACCGGUACGAGCAAGCCCUUCGCCAGCUAAAUCGGAUACAUCUUCCAGCCGUACUCGCAACUCACCGGCACCAAGUCCUGGAAAGUUUAGUGUCAGCGAUAUAUCCAGGAAUAGCCCAAGCAUUACCCCGAAUAAAUAUGAGCCACAACCAUCACCAUUAGCUACAGCUGCAUCAUCCGCUAACGACUUAAUGGCUGCCAGUUUAGCAUCAUUAGCUGGUCAACUGCCACCGAAUUUCCUCCAAACAGACAUCGCAGCUUUGUUCAGAGGACAGCACUCAAAAGAUUACGGAAGUUCAUCUCUUAAUCAAUUAGCCGCGGCAGCUGCAAAAGUUGGAAAUAAAUCUAAUCCUGAUCAUUCCAAUCCCAUUCAAUUAGACCCCAACUUAUAUGCCAGUGGAAAUAGUUUUAACAUCCCUGGUCCAUCACGUGCUGCUAUAGAUCAGUCUUCUUCGUCAUGCUCAUCAACGGCAUCUUCGAAGUCAAUGUCCAAGCAAGAACGCGCCGAGUCCCGCGCAUCGAAAUCAUCAGCAAGCAAUUCAUACAAGACGAAACUCAUGAAGGAACUAGAUGAUCUCAAGAACGAUCCAUUGAAGAUGAGUGAAUUAAUGCGCUCUCCAGAAUAUGCUGCACUUUUGCUUCAGCAGGCCGAAGCAUUGGGUGCCACAACAUUGGGCACACUUGGAUUUGGUGCUGAUUUUUCUUAUCUGACUGGUGCAAGUAGCAGUGGCAGUUCGAAGAAGCAACAGCAGCAGCAGCAACAACAAAGUGCUCCACUUACAGCUGACUAUAAUAAUCUGUUGCAGGCUUCUAAGCUACUCGGCUAUGACUCUUACAUGCAACAAGCUAAAACUAGCAAUGACUUAAAUGCAUUUCUGCAACAACAAAUGGCAGGAGUUUCAGCAGCCACUUCUUCCUCUUCUUCUUCGUCGUCUUCAAAAAAACAACAGCAACAACAGCAGCAGCAAUCGCAGCAAGCUCAACAACAGCCGCCACACCCAGAUUAUACCACACUUCUUCAAACAUACUCGAAACUUUUUGAUGCUAGCAACCAGUAUGGAUCUGGAAAACCGACUAGCGCUCAUCAUGAACUGUCGGCUCUUCUAGCUGCAGGUGUUGGUGGAAUGACUGGAAUGGGGAGUAGCUCAGGUUCGUCGUCAAACAGCAGCAAAAAGAAACAAGAACAGCAGCAGCAACAGCAACAACAAAACGAUAUGCUUAACCAGUUGCUUCAGUCUGAGAAAAACCAAUCGGACCUCAAUGCUCUGCUCUAUCAUCAAAAUAAGGCUGCGGCCGACUUAAAUGCUCUCUUUGCUGCUCCGUCCGCGAGUGGCAGCGUUUCAUCGUCUUCAAAAAAUGCUGCAAACGAUCCAGCAGCUUAUUACAAUCAGUUGGCUCAAGAGAAAAUGCAAGACUAUGCCGCAUUCUUUCAGCAACAUCAUGGCAAAUACGGGAUUCCAGAUCCAUUAUCGAAAUCCACCUUAGCUGCUAAUAACCUCUUCAUGUCGCCAUCGGCUCUACUUAAGCUACAACAGGAAUCUCUAAAUGCUAUGAUGAUGAAACCUCCUAAAUCAACUUCUUCGUCUUCUUCGUCCUCUAGGGCUCGUGAAUCUUCUGCUUCGCCAGCACAGGAACGUCUCACGCCGACUAAGAGCGUUCGUGAUAAUUCCGGCGGUGGAGGUGGUGGCAGUGGUGGUGGCGGUGGUUCACAGUCUGGCAUAAAAUACAACUUUAGUGCUGUAGAUUUAGCUAUAUCGAGUGUGUCAAGCAAUACGCCAUCACCGGCUCCAUCGGAUGGAAGUGGAUCGUCCAGGCGUCCAUCUAACACCCCACCUGUAGACUUAAGUCGGCUGUAUUCGGAACUCGCACCACCGACAAAGAAACGCAUGGAAUUCUCAUCGAUUGCUGACCUGGCAGCUCCGCCACCGAAAAUACCCAAAAACAGCCAGGACAGAGAUGAUAUCCUGAAUCUUUCAUCAAACGAGUAAAACGUAUCUUCUUAAUGCUCUAUUCUCUAUUACCCUCUCAUCUUUCUUGUCUUAAUUUCCCCUUAAGCGCCCCUCCCUCGAACUAUUCUUCUAAUCAUUUAAAAUUUGUACCAGUAUUUUCUCAUUUGCAUUUUACAGAUUAACUUAGGAAUCAAUCAUACCCUAUAUUUAAACAAAAAAUAUAUAUACAUAUGGAUAUAUUUUGUUCAUGUAUUUGUGUUAUAUUUAUGUCAUCAAUUAUAAUAUAACAUGAAAAAUAAAUUAUCAAAUAUUUAAGAGUAAAAUGAAAGUAAA